AUGUACCUGAUCACUGUGUUUGGAAACCUGCUCAUCAUCCUGGUCAUCAGCUCAGACAUCCACCUCCAGACACCCAUGUACUUCUUCCUCUCUAACUUGUCCUUUGCUGACAUCUGUUUCACCUCCACCACCGUCCCAAAGAUGUUGGUGAACAUCCAGACAGAAAGCAAAGCCAUAACCUACAAAGGAUGCAUCACGCAGGUACAUUUUUUCAUACUGUUUGCAGGGUUGGACAUCUUUCUCUUGACUGUAAUGGCCUAUGACCGCUUUGUGGCCAUCUGCCACCCCCUGCACUACACAGUCAUCAUGAACCCCCAGCUGUGUGGGCUGUUGGUUCUGGUGUCCUGGAUCAUCAUUGUCUCCUUAUUUUAUUAUACAAGCCUUGGAGUGUACCUUAGCUCUGCUGCUCCCCACAGCUCACGCUCAAGUGCAAUAGCCUCGGUGAUGUAUACUGUGGUCACACCCAUGCUGAACCCCUUCAUCUACAGUCUGAGGAACAAAGAUAUAAAGGGUGCCUUGACAACAUUCAUUGUAAAGAAAACUACAAAAAGACAAUUGUCCUCAGGUUCAAGAAUUUUAGACAUUAGAGACAAAUAA